CGCCCCCUCGCCGGGCAGUGCUCGCCAAUGGGAGCGCGAGGGGCGGGGCCCGGGGCGAGGCACGUGCGGGCAGGCACGUGUCCGCGUGGGGCAGAGCGGGAGAGACCGGGGAGAGACCGGGAUAGCGAGACCGGCACCGGGGAGAGACCGGGACAGCGACACCGGAGAGAGAACGAGAGAGACUGGGACCGGGGAGAGACUGGGGAGAGACCAGGACCGGGGAGAGAGACCGGGACCGGAACAGCGAGGCCGUGACCGGGAGAGACCGGGACAGCGAAACCGGCACCGGAGAGAGGGACCGGAACCGGAGUAACGGAUCAGAAGAGCAGGACCGGGAGCGGGGCAUUGACACCGGGAGAGAAACCAGUACAGGAACGGCGAGACCGGGACCGGCAGACAGGGACCGGGACACCGGGACCGGCUGAGACCGGGACAGCGAGACCGGCGCUGGGAUCAAGACACCGGGACGGAGUCACCGGCACCGGGGAGCGACACCGGCAGCGCCGCGGCUGCAGGCGGGGGCAGCCUCAGCCGAGCGGGGUCGCCCCCCAUGGAGCCCCCCCCCCGCUCCUGCUCCUGUGGCUCCCCCACCUCCAGCCCAGGGGGCCCUUCAGACAGCGAGACGCGCAGCCCCCCCCCAGGACCCCCCAAACCUGAACGGAGCCGCAAACGACCGGGGGGCGCAGAUGGAGACUCCCCCAGAUUAUCACCCCACGCAGGAAAGCGGCCCCGGAGGGGGGAUGGCCGUGACACCCCCCCGAGUGACAGCGAUCGCCUCUUUGCCCAAAAAUGUUGGGAGCUGCGGGGCUUCGUCCGGCCGCUGGCGGAGCUGCUGGAGGGGCUGAAACGGGGGCGAUACGACAGAGGGCUGAGCAGCUUCCAGCAGAGCGUGGCCAUGGAUCGCAUCCAGCGCAUCAUUGGGGUCCUGCAGAAGCCCCAGAUGGGCGCUCGCUACCUGGGGACGCUGCUGCAGGUGGAGGCGAUGCUCAGGCUCUGGUUCCCCCACGUCGCCCCACAAGAUCCGGACCCCCCCGAAAAUGCCGCCGUCCUGCUUCGCCGACGCCCCCCUGCCGGCCCCCCCGGAGCUCCUCGAUGCCGCCGCCUGCCCGGGGAGCCCCCCCGUUCCACCCCCGAGCACCAACCCCCCCAAACCGGGACCCCCCAGCUGCCGGAUCCAUGACCCCAGCUGAGGGGGCUGGGGGGGGGCUCCUGGUUUUCUUGAGUUUUGCCUUUUUUUGAUGUUUUUUUUAAUAAUUAUGGACUGUGAGCGGGGGACCCCCCCUGUGCCCC